AUGGUGGUCUUAUCCCAGCCCAUACACGAAAACUUGGCCCAAUUCGAGACAUGCAAGCCCGACCCACACAUUUUAACAGACCUCCCAAUCGUAGACCUUUCGGACAAAAACUGCCAGAAGCCCAUAGUUGAAGCCUGCAAGGGUUUAGGGUUCUUCAAGGUUGUCAACCAUGGCGUCUCACUGGAGUUUUUGAACAGGUUCGAAGCCGAGGCCUUGGGCUUUUUCAAUCUGCCCCAAGAAGCUAAGGAGAACUUGGGCCUGCGCAAACCUCUCGGGUACGGUAACAAGAAAAUCGGGCCCAACGGCGAUGUGGGCUGGGUCGAGUACCUUCUCCUGCAAAAUUCCGCAAAUGCCCCUACUCCAGGAAUUUCAGACACUUUGUGGGGAUUUAUCAACGAGUACGUAGAAGAGGUGAAGCGCAUGACGUGUCGGGUGCUGGACCUGAUAGCCGAUGGGCUUCAGAUUGGGCCCAACAAAGACGCCCUGAGUCGACUCGUCCGAGACGAGCGGAGCGACUCGCUGCUGAGGCUGAACUACUACCCGCCCUGCCCGGACCUCCACGCGCUGACAGGCCGGGACUUGAUCGGGUUCGGGGCCCACACCGACCCGCAAAUACUGUCCGUAUUAAGGUCCACCAACACCUCGGGCCUGCAGGUCUGCCUCAGGGACGGCUCGUGGGCCGCCGUCCCACCCGAUCACACCUCCUUCUACUUCAUCGUAGGGGAUUCCCUGCAGGUUAUGACUAAUGGGAGGUUUAGGAGCGUGAGGCACAGAGUGCUGGCCAAUAGCCUGAAGCCGAGGCUGUCAAUGAUAUACUUUGGGGGCCCACCGGCGAGUGAGAAAAUUACGCCUUUGCCCUCGGUAAUGGAAGAAGGCGAAGAGAGCUUGUACGAGGAAUUCACUUGGUCCGAGUACAAGGAAUCGGUUUACAAGACUCGGUUGGGUGAUGAUAGGCUCGGGUUUUUUCAAAAAACUAAACCGAUUAUCUGA